AUGCGGUCUUACCUGGAGCUCGCACUGCUUUCUACCGUGGCCGUCUGCGCGAGUGUGCUGACGGCGGCGGGCUCCUCAACGGCAGACUCCAAUGUAGUCCUUGAUGGAGGAAUACACGUGAGGGCGGACGUUUCGUCAGUUUGUUCCCAGAUCGGCGACGCUCUCUCUUCUGCAUCAGCCUUGUAUUACCCUGGCUCGAUCAACUAUUUGGAAGACAACUAUCACUGGCUUUUAUCCAGCUCACAAUCCUCAACUUGCACCGUGGAGCCCGGGACCGCCUCGGAUGUUGGUGAAGUUCUGCAAAUCCUCGGCGCAACAAAUACCUCGUUUGCUAUUAAGGGCGGCGGACAUGCGUCCAAUCCAGGCUUCUCCUCCACCACAGGUGUGCACAUUGACAUGAGCCGUUUUAGCAGCGUGACCUAUAACGCUGGCGCAUCCACCGCGGACGUCGGCGCGGGUCUCGUGUGGGACGACGUCUACCAAGAGCUGCAGCCGCACGGCGUCGUUGUCGUUGGCGGGCGUGUCUCGGGCAUCGGAGUCGCGGGGUUCACCUUGGGCGGAGGCUAUUCGUGGUUGACGAGUCAGUACGGCCUCACGGUCGAUAAUGUGGUCGGGUUUGAGUUGGUCCUGCCCAAUGGAACAGUUAUGGGCGUGACGGAGGGGUCGAAUCCGGAUUUGAUGUUCGCGCUGAAGCACGGAAAGGGUGGAUACAACAAUUUCGGCAUCGUCACCCAGAUUACGUUGAAGACAUACCCCAUAGGGCAAAUCUGGGGCGGCUUGAUAACCUACACGGAAAACACUUUUCCCCAGCUGGCGCAGGCCGUCGCCAACUUUUCGGAGAACAACACGGACCCGAAGGCGCAGAUUCUCACCACGUAUAACUCCGCCAUCGGCUUCGCGGGAGUCACGCAGGUCCUGUUCUACGAUGCGCCAACGCCACCGGAUGGAUUAUUCGACCAGUUCAUGGCAAUCCCGUAUUUCACAAAGGACGUCGGGACGAUGAGCUUCCUCGACUUGGUUAAGCUGACGCCGUCGAACGCCACGGCGAAUACCAGGGGUGUCUUCAACACCGUCUCAAUCCUGGACUAUUCCGUCGACAUGCUCAAUGUCAUCGCGAACGAAACUACGUACUGGGGCUCUGAGCUGACCUGGGCAUCGGGCUUCCUCGUCUCGUUUGACGUCGAGCCCUUCCUUCCCUCGCUCUUCUCGCACGGGACCACGAGCGCAUCUGCCUACCCGCCCUCGCGCGCGCAGCCGCUCCUCCCGCUGAACCUGUGCUGGACGUGGCUGGACGAGGCGGACGAUGAGCGCUUCUGGGAGGCAAUUACCCAGAGCGCGGAUAACGUGAAGGCGAAGGCCGUAUCAUUUGGGCAGAACGUCGGCAAUGCGCCGUUGUAUGGCAACUACGCGAUCUUCAGCACGCCGCUGGAGUAUAUAUUCGGGGACCAGCUUGCUCGGCUGCAGAGUAUCAAGCAGCGGUAUGACCCCGGGAACGUGAUGGGUUUGACGGGUGGCUGGAAGGUCCAGGUUUGA